AAACAUAUCAGACCAGGAGAGCAGGCACUGCAGGGAGACCAAAAGACUUCAGAGGAAAGCUUUAAGUUGUUUUUAUUGUAAUGAAGUUUGGUGAUUUGCACGUUUCCAAUGCUCUGAUACCCGAAAGGAUUAUUCUACUUGUGAGAUUAUCUCAAGGUGAUCGGACAUUAAGCUACCUCAGCAGAUUCCAUCCGUCACUCAACCUCUAACACAAUCCCUCCAGCAUGAGCGAUGAGAGGGAGAGACACAGGCCCGAAGGGAGCAAUGGGGACAGACCAGUCCCCAACGUCAAACCAAAACUCGGCCAGAAAGGGAAGAACACCAAGGAGGACAUGUGGAAGAAGGAGAAGCCUGCGAAGGUGAGGAGAUCCAGGAGUUCUGACUCGGAUAGGGCGGAGAGAGGCAGGAGGAGAGAGCGAGAAAGGCACCAGGGAGAGAGGAGGCGGCGGGGGAGGAGUGAGGAAGCCCGGGGACGAAACAGAAAAGGGGGAGAGAGCAUUGGGAGGAAGGUGAAGCCCCCUGAAAAUGAUGUGGAGGACACUGAGUGUGCUGUGUGUUUCUGCUCCUAUGAUAAUAUCUUCAAGACCCCCAAGCUGCUGGCGUGCGGGCACACCUUCUGCCUGGAGUGUCUCGCUCGCAUCAACGUCACCUCCCCUGAGCUCAAGACCCUGUGCUGCCCAGUGUGUCGAGAGCUGACCGAGCUCCCCCACGGCCAGGACCUGCCCCGCCUGGGCAACAACCAGGACAUCAUAGGCAAACUCCCCCCAGAGAUGCAGAGAAUCCUGUCCAUCCGAUUCAAACGCAGAAAGGGACAACUGCUCCUGAAGAACCGUCCCCACAACAGCUCCAUCAAACCCAAGAUCCUCACCCUGCCUAAAAAGAGCCAAGGUUGCCAGGUGACAGCAGGUGGGGACCUCCCCUUGAGUGCUCUGGAGCAGGGAUUAACCCCCGCCACUAUGGUGGACGUAGGCAGGCCUCCCAGCAGGGUCAGAGGUCGUCUGCGCCGUUUGUUCCGCUCGGACCAGUGCUACUACGUGGUGGUGGCGUCCAUCAUCACCAUCACUGUGGCGCUCAUGCUGGUGGGGAUUCUGGCCUUUGUGAUCAUACCGAAUGUAGGGUUGGCCAUAAACAAUGGGAACCACACAUCACACCGUCCCCCAGGUGAACUCAAUCCAGGGCCUGGACCCUGAAGGGGGUCAGUGGGGGGAUACGAGCUGCAGAGAUGAGACUAACGUGAAGGGCUGGAAUAUCACAGAAAUGAUUGUGAACAUUUUUGCCUCUUUUUGUCCUCUUGCAAAAAGAAGAAACUAAGCACAGUGACACAUUUAGGCCGUAAACAAGGGUAGCAACAUUUUUUUAAACUAAGGACACACAGGCUCAAAGUUGCUGUAUGGGACAAACAGGGCAAACAGGGCCAGCAUGUUUCUUCUUUUUUUUCUCUCUCUCUUUUCUAAACUGUGUAAAGUGUAAAGAAACUGUCCAUGAUGAUUAUUAAUCUGUAAAUAUACUAAAUGCUGUGAUGAAAAUACUUGAGUAUCUUUUGAUUGCAUCAAGUUGAUUGCCAAUAUUCGUUCAGGUUUUCUCGUUCUUACAACUUUUAAUAAGAGCCAAGUCAUUGUACAUAGCCAGCCAGUGAAUGUUUAUUUAUUUGUAUAUAAAAAGGACCUCUCAAAGGAAAGGACUUUUGUGUUCCCCGUGGUAUCA